AUGGCUCCUUCUCACGUAGCAUUCAUUGCAAUUUCCAUGGUUUUGUUUUCUUCAGUUGCUAUGGCAGCUGAUCACAUUGUGGGUGAUGAGAAGGGUUGGACUAUUAAUUUUAACUACACUCAAUGGGCUCAGGACAAGGUUUUCCGUGUUGGCGACAACCUUGUUUUCAACUAUGAUCCUUCAAAGCACAAUGUUUUCAAAGUGAACGGAACACUCUUUCAGAGCUGCACUUUUCCACCAGCAAACGAGGCACUUUCCACCGGAAAAGAUAUCAUUCAACUAAAAACUGGAGGGAGAAAAUGGUACGUUUGUGGCGUAGCUGAUCACUGUUCUGCUCGUCAAAUGAAACUUGUCAUCACUGUUUCUGGAGAAGGCGCACCUGCUCCUUCCCCAACUUCUAAUGCUCAUUCUACUGUAUCAUCUGUAUUUGGAGUCGUCGUGGCAGCUACGGUGGCCAUUGCAACCAUCUUUGUUUGAGAGAUAGUGUGAUUGCUUAAUCUUUGUUAUGUUAUUCGAAUAAGAGUUUGCAUUGGCAACUUAGCAAGA